UCCACGCCUGCUUGUGCACUCUCUUCCAUUGUCCUCCUCUUCACCGCCCCUGCCUUCCGAGUCCAUAUCCUAAGCUUCCUUCCCUCUUUCCUCUCCUUCUUUCCUCUCCUCCCUCGCAGCCGUCCUCGGUAUCCACUGCACUCUUUCCUUCGACACGCCCACGAUCCUACAUCGCCAUUUCUUUGAUAACGACAGCACCAGUCUCAUCCCCCCUGUUACUCAAUCUCCCUCUGUACAUAACGACAUGGACAUGUCGCCCCUUUCGAGGAUGAAGAGCCCCGCAGCAUCCAGAACACGACCCAUCCUCCUCCUCCUCCUCUCCUUUGCCCUGACCGCAGAUGCUAUAGUGAUCCCGCCUGCUCGCUGGGGCCAUGUCUCUAUACUCUGUGGAACACAGCUCUACAUCCACGGGGGCCAAACAGGGGUUAAUCCCAUGACAGCGCCGAUCGGAUCAGACCUGUACUCCCUCGACAUCUCAGCAGCCUUCAACGCCUUCUCCGUACCCUGGGUCCAGCUCACGCCGGGGCCCUACGCCUCUUUUCACUCGGCAAGUCUGCUAGGCCCAGGGAACAGCCUGCUCGCCAUCUAUGGUGGAAACACCUCCUUCGCCCCCACCUCCUCCACUGGCAGCUCAAAUUCACUCAAUCUUUAUAAUACGGCCACAGGGACCUGGACAGCUUCGCCAAUACAGGACCCGCCGAGGAGGGAACAUCACACAGCAGCAUCUCGUCUUGGUGACGGAACCAUGUUUGUUUACGGGGGAUCGCUGCUUUCGACAGAUCUAAUGACAGAAUCGGCGACACCAGAAAUGUGGACCGUGGGCGGCUAUCGUGACAGCAACCCCAGUUCAAACUCUUCCUCUUCAGCGACAUCACCAGCAAUACCAGAGCCCACAGGACUCACUCCGGACACUGUAGGCUGGCGAAAAUUACCCGGUCCACCAGGAUCGACUACGGAUCGGUCCUACCAUUCGGCCACACUGAUCCGAUCCAAUGGACUACUGGUGGUAAUUGGUGGCGUCUCUGGAGGAGCUCUGGUGCCCAUGUCUGAAAUCUUAGUGUUUGACACAGCAGCUGGAACGUGGUCUGUGCAGACUGCUACGGGAGCCACACCACCCCUGCGGAGGAGUCAUGUAGCAGCAGCAAGUAUUUCUCACUGA